AAGAAACACCGUCGAUGGUGCCUCGCUUGCACGAGGAUUCACUCGAUUUCUAAUCGAAAUUCUAUGGUUGAAAAUUGUAUUUUUCGAAGGGGAAAAGGACUUCGGAAUGAAAGGGAAGGGCUUCUAUCGAUGAACCGUUCUAUGUGCUUUUUCGAAAAGGACACUGCAAUUUGUUGCCCUUAAUCCUCUCUUGACAAUAUGGAUAAUCAUCAAUCAAAUAUUAACAAAGGAAAGAGAAAAGUAUUAGCCACAAGUGCUGCUCAUAGAGAAGAUCAAUCGGCUCUAGUUGCUCCGAGUGGUCAAAGACCACAGCAAAAUAGGAGAAUAACUCGGUCACAAACUUUAAAUAGAGCUGCUGAGUCGAACUCUACUUCGAUGGUGCCGGUGAACAACGGAGCUACUGCGGUGAGAGCCGAGAGGAUGAAUUCUCCAUCAAUGGUGGGGAGGACUGAGGGAGACACUGCAGUAGAUACGGAGAGAUCGAAUCAUGCCCAAAGGAUUGCCAGAGUUUCUCCAUCAGAGAUAACACCGGUGACGGUAGAAAUACCACCGUGGGCGAUGGAGAGGGUUCACCGAUACCAAAUGAGAUUGGAGAGAAGAAGAAUCACUUCUGAAACUACAGAAGUGAUUGAGUAUAUUUUCAAAGAAAAUUGGACCAGCAGCAGGAGAAUGCAAUCUGUUCCAAGUGCUGAACGCCCAGAAGCUCAAAAUGAAAGAUACACAGAUAGGAAUCACGAUGUUUCGAGGGAGAUGAUGUACCAUGCUUUAUUCGGUAGCGAUGUUGAGGUAGAAGAAGAAGCUGAAGAUGAGAAUUUGAAGAAGAAAUACAGCAAAUCUAUGACUCAGCCUUCUGCAAAAAUUUCAGAGCACGUGAGGAAUCGAGAUGAUAUUUAUGCUCGACUUUUUGGCCCCGAUCAUGAUGAAUUGACAGUUCCUGAAUUGAGCAGCCACUCCAACAGGCACGAUGAUACGGAUGAAGAUUCGGGGAUAGCUCUGAGAUGAAGAUUCGGAAAUGGAUUACACCGAAGAAGCAUUCGUAACCCUGUUGAUCUCUCCAAAACUUGGUUUUCUUUUCAUUUAAAAUUGUUUUUUUUAUUAAUGUUCUGCUUACAUACGGCGGUGAAUUCGUUCCCGGGCCUUGUACACAACGCUGAUGCAUAGAAAUUUGGAGUUUGAUGGAGAGGAUGAUAGAAGAGGAAAUAGGAUUGAGGUACGCGUCAAUAUAAAAUUUGCUUUAAAGUAAUUGAUUGAAUUAUUUAUAUUUCUGAGUUCUUCAUUGGAGGGAGAGAUAUAUAAUAUAUAAUGAACUGUAAUCGAAUAAAUUUAAGAAAAUUCUC